GUCCAGUCACUCCGAAAAUGGAACAGAGAUAUUCUGUUCCAGGUCGGUUAAAAGUCCAGGUCUGACUGGUGACAUACGUAUCUCUUACCAAUUACCAUCUCUCUCUCAAUCUGACUAUUCGAGAGUUUACUCGCGUCGACCACGAGCCCUAGAAAUUUGAUAUUGACCUGAAAUCUUUCCUGCUUAUAAAAUAUUUUCCAAUGCCUGAAUUUCGGAUCUCACGAGGAUCGUCGAAAAUUGUUGAAAACCAGGAUUCUUAGUUUGUGCUGAAAUGGUCAGUAGAAAUCGUAAGUUUGGCAAUGAAUCUCGCACUUUAAUACUAAUUUAUCAGUUUUCACGAUGCAAUUAGUAACGAAUGAGAGGCGGUUAGAAGAUAGUUCAGAGACAGAGCCCAUUUUGUGUCAGUCUAAUACAUUGCAAAGAUCUGAAGAAUCUUCACCUUCAUCUGCAUCUUCAUUUGAGAUAAGAACUGUGCCCAGAGAUUGUACUGUUUCUGCUGAUGAUGCACAUUGCGUUGAUGUGGAUGAAAAUUGCAACCUGGUGAAUGCAGACCAAUCGCAAUGUCGUAUUUGCCUUGAUAGUGGAGGGGAAGACUUGAUUGCACCAUGCCAUUGCAAAGGCACACAGAAGUAUGUCCACAGAUCAUGUCUUGAUAAUUGGAGGUCAACAAAGGAGGGAUUUGCUUUUGCUCACUGUACAGAGUGCAGGGCAGUGUUCGUAUUGCGUGCAAAUGUUCCUCCUGAUCGCUGGUGGUCGAGACUGAAAUUUCAGUUCCUUGUUGCAAGGGACCAUGCAUUUAUUUUUGUUAUUGUUCAGCUGAUUGUAGCGUUCUUAGGUGUGCUGGUCUACAAGUUUUAUGGAGAGGAACUAAGAGAGAUGUUUGGUUACGAGGAACACCCAUAUGGGUUUUACACAAUGGCCGUUUUGGCAAUCGUUUUGGUGGGGUUGCUGUAUGGCUUCUUUAUAGCAAUAAUAUGUGGACAAAGGAUCAAUGAACGCCACUACCAUGUUCUGGCAAAACAAGAACUGACUAAGGAGUACGUAGUAGAAGACCGAGAAGCUAAUGAGGAUAUUCCAGAACUUGAUCCCAGCCAUGUCACGGAGCUAAGAAUGUUGGGCCUCUUUUAGGCUGAAAUUUUGUGGCUUCCAUUGAUAUUGGUGCAUGCCAAUGUUCUCAUCCUUCUUCCAUUUUCGGAGAUCUCUAAGCAGCAUAUGCGCAUAUAUGCUCCAUAAAUUUUGUUACUUCUUCCUGUCACGCUAAAACUAGCCUUUAUCAGGGUCUGCCUUUUUGUGGCUGGUGAUGGUGUAUUUGCAGCUUUGACAUUGAGAGACUUGACGCGGAAGAUGCAAAUUGGUGAUUCUGUCGGCUAAAGAAGUUUACACCCAAUCUAGCUGAGUUACUACAUUUUACCUAACCACGCGAGCCAUAUCAACACGGCAAUAUCUUGUGUUGUCACCGAGCAAAAAAAAAUUAUCUUGUGUUUGUAUUCUUUGGUUUGGAUGGUAAGGAUAUACAUACCUGUUGUGCAAUUAAACCACAAUAGAGUGUGAUUACAGUAAAUAUAGGAUCGAUUGUUGGUU